UCCCUACCUUUAUUCACAUCGAUUUAUCAAUCAUGCCAUAUAUAAAGCGACAGACGACGCGCAUUACCGGGGAAGGAAGCCACGAUGAGCCAGCACAGCUUGGACGUACACAUAGUGCUAUAGGAGGCACGGGAAAAGUCCCACACGCAAAAAAGCCCAGGUCGCGUCCCCCAACAAGUUUGCGAGACAAACUUGGUUUCUUGCAUGGGCAUUUACCAUCACAGUCUGGGCCGUACUCGGUGGGCUCCAUGGACAUUGAAGUACCAGCUGAGAAUCCACGAACGUUCUCCAACAUCACACGCGAAGGCAAACACAUCAUGCAACUCGAAACCGUACUCUUCACUCUCUACUACCCAGCAGCAUUUGGUACAGGUCAUGGAAAAGACCCAGCCGGCAACCGCAAGUGGUCUCGAGAAACAUGGCUUCCAAGACCUAGACGUGAGACAGCAAGGGGCUAUAGCAAAUUUGCCGGUCUACCAGAUGCUGUUGGCAUUUCAUGGUUCGCAAUGACAACUAUGCUUACGAAGUUGCGUGCAUUCAGGAAUGCGCCUCCGGCUACGCAUUGGCCUCCUGAGGGCAACAGCAAGCGCAAUGGCUAUAAAAUCAAAAAUCAGAAAGGGUCUCCCCCGGAUGGUUCGCCAGAAGAGCCUAAGUUCCCCCUGAUGUUUUUCAGUCAUGGCCUAGGGGGAACUAGAACCUGCUACUCGGCAAUGUGUGCGGAAUUUGCUAGCUACGGUUUUGUGGUGUGUGCGGUAGAGCAUCGGGAUGGAUCUGGGCCUCGAAGCAUUGUCAAUUUCCCUAAGAACAGGGAAUCGAGUGUGCCAGGCGAGUCAAAAGCAGAACCAAUUGAUCACACCGAAGAAGAAAGACGAAGAGGAUUUAGUAAAGUGGACUAUGUCUUCCCCAAAGGCAAUCCAACGGAUACGUCGCCAAACAAUGAGAAAGGCGUUGAUCGGGAGCUCCGGACUGCGCAAACUGAACUACGACUUGCAGAACUAGAGGAAGCGUAUCGAGUCGUGAGAGUCAUCAGCGAAGGGAGGGGUGCGGAAUUGGAGGAGCAGAACAUGCGUAAGAAAGGCUAUACUGGAGGUAGUUCUCGUGGUCUCCAGGGUGUCGACUGGGAAAAAUGGAAAAACAGGUUCCAUGUUGACAACAUUAUCGUCGCUGGUCAUUCGUUUGGAGCUGCCACUGUGGUUGAGGUGCUCAGGAAUGCCGAUCGCUUUCAGAACGUCAAAGCUGGUAUAAUAUACGACAUCUGGGGUGCGCCGAUAAAACCGCCACAGGAUGAUCCACGGCAUCGAAUCCACUCACCAAUCUUGGGGAUCAACUCGGAGGCUUUCAUGUAUUGGCAGCCUAACUUCGACGCUGUUAUGUCCUUAAUGAACGAAGCAGAAGGAGAGAAAGCACCAGCGGUGCUUUGUACCGUACGGGGCUCUGUGCAUCUAACACAGUCCGAUUACUCGAUUUUGUAUCGACAUAUUAUCUCAUUGUUCUUCAAAGCUACAGUCAACCCGCAACGAGCGAUUGAUCUGAACAUCAGUGCUUCAUUGGAGUUCCUUCGCGAAGUGACAGAAGGUGCCGGGAAGUCCAUCAUACAACGUUGUCUUACCGACGAGAAGCUUCUGGAAGCAAAACCUCUUGACCAGGUUCCUGAUGAGCACAAACCGGAUGACGAAUGGAUUGCCGCCCGUCUCAAGAUUCCGCAUGAGUUCAGGACUCGAGUAGCUGCACAAGCCCAAAGAAAGUUCAAAAGGGCAAAAAAACACGGGUUUUACCAUCCUGGAGAUGAAGUAUGGGUACACUGUAAGCCGGAAAGAGAUUUUUUGGAUGACUGGAAAAAGAGGAACGCGACCGUGAUACAUUCUGAAGCAGGGAAUGAUGAUGAGGAAUCAGUAACCCGAAAUAGGCAUGGGGAAGUCUUGGAAAGCACUGAAGACCUAGGAGCAGCACCUUCGGAAGGCGACUCUCAGAUCACUUGCACGUAA